GCUAUACUUUGCAAGGCCGACUAUCUGCAGUGUUUCAAAACGUGAGUAAUACUAGCUUUACAGAUGAACAAGCUAGUAAGUAUGAAAUGGACAGAGAUGAUUAUCUUGCUAAAGUUGAAAUAUCUGUUUUAAGUGCUGUCUUCUUAUGUGCUACUGUGUCUAACUCCAUUUUGCUUAUGGUUCUCUGGAAGAGGAGAAAGCAGGCUUCAAGAAUGCAUGUCUUUGUCUUACAUCUAUGCCUGGCAGACUUGGUAGUUGCCUACUUUCAGAUAUUCCCCCAGCUUUUCUGGGACAUCACUGACAGAUUUAUUGGACCUGAUGUUAUUUGUAAACUGAUAAAGUACUUGCAGAUAGUUGGCAUGUUUGCUUCAACAUACAUGAUUGUUGCAAUGACCAUUGAUAGGUAUCAGGCCAUUUGCAACCCAAUGGUGACAUUUCAGCGAAAACGUGCUCGGUGGAACAUCCCUGUCUGUAUUGCAUGGACCAUCUCCCUCAUUGGUAGUCUUCCGCAAAUCUUCAUUUUCUCCAGAGUUGAAGUCACGCCACAGGUGUUUGACUGCUGGGCUAACUUUAUUGAGCCAUGGGGACUAAAAGCAUAUAUAACAUGGAUAACCCUGGUGAUCUUCAUCCUCCCUGUCUUAACAAUCAUAAUCUGUCAGAUAAAAAUAUUUAAGGCCAUACAGAUCAACCUGUAUUCGAAGACACAUCAAAGUGUGGAAAAUAACAACAAGAUUCCAAUGCAAUCAAGAGCGAGCAGCAUCACAGGGGUAUCAAAAGCCCGAAUUAAAACCGUGAAGAUGACAGUAGUAAUACUAAUAGCAUAUGUCACAUGCUGGACUCCAUUUUUCACAGUGCAGCUUUGGUCUGCUUGGGAUCCAGAAGCACCUACAGAAACUGCCACUUUCAUUAUCUUAAUGCUGCUUGCUAGCCUGAAUAGCUGCACAAACCCUUUCAUCUACCUGCUAUUCAGUGGAAAGCCUUCCAAAAAUUUGGCUAAUCUGCUAUGUGGAAAACGACCCAUACAGAGGGACUCUAUUCCAGAUGAGCCUACCUUAUUCAGUUCUCUAUAUAUGAGCCGGAGAAGUCUGGCUGACGUCAAACAGCUCUCUUACUUAGAUUAUUAAAAUCAUUGUAAUCAUAUAGAGCUAUUAAUGUAACAUAACAACACUGUAUGAAGACUGCAUGCCUACUGCGACAUUUCUACAGUACAUAUGAAAGGGAGAAGAUACUGCUGUGAAUGAAUAAGUGACUAAGCACUUCUUCGCUGAAGCAUGACAGCACUUUGUAAGUGAAAUGAUGCAUAUACCUCAUGGUGAAAAAGUCAGCUGAUGCACAGUAUUGUGAAUGCUUCUCAGAUUUCAGAUGUAGCUGCACCGGCAGUGGCUCAUGCCAUGAACAAAAGCAGACUGAAGCCAUACAUUCAUUCAUGUAUCAGGCAGUAUUGUAACAACAAGAACUGUGGCUUGUAGCAGUGUUCCACUAGAGGUUUUUGAAGUCUGAUUUUGCAAAAAGGGGUUCAGUAAGUUCUUAGUUGCAGAUAAGUGUGUGAGUAGAAACAGUGACCACUGGCUAUCUAAUAUAGCAGGAUACCCCCUGUUCCAUAAACUCUGAAAUUACCUGGGAGAUAGGAUUCAGGGAAUCCAUCACUGGCUGCAGAUAAGUGCGUGAGUAGGAAUAGUGACCACUAGCUGUUUCAUGUGGGAGCAUACCCCCCGUGCCCCAAAUAUUAAAAUCUGUCUACUCUGAAAUUGUCAAGGGACCUCAAGGGCAAGCUCUGUUUAUAGGGAAAGUGCAGCUGAUAUUUGAACAUCUGGGGAGAAGGAUUCAGGGAAUGUGUCACUGACUUACUUUGGAUAAGUGUUUUGAUUAACUGUAUCAUUCUUUCAUAUUAUAUAUAUAUAGAGUCAAAGAAGUUGCUAUAAGUAUCUGUCAGUAAAUUGCAAACAGACAUUGCCAUUACAUUCUGACCUAGGUUUUUUUCCUUGUUCCUUUUAAAGUUAAGGAUUUAUCUCCAUAAAAAAUAUACCUAAAUUUAUUAUAAAGACAGUAAUGAAGAAAGGAAAUGAGUUCAGAGCAUAGAAAACAGGAAAUGAUCAGGAAAUGAUACAUUUCGGUUAAGUGUUCGUUUUUUACUAAUCAUACCUGGAAUCGUGCUUAAUGUCAGUCAUUAACAAUCCAGUGUCUUCUGUAGUUAUUGUCUGUUGUUAAACAUAUCGAUAACCUCUGAUUUUUUAGGGGUCACACC